AUGUCACUACAGCGGCCAGCAGUAAAGGAGUCACGCCUGCGCGCGAGAUUAGGGACUCGGUUCCAGCAGGUGUUAAUGGCUUUUCAGGAUGGUGUUCUAGAGUUCAACAAAGUACUGGAUGAACAACAGGUGCAUCAAUUGGCAGAUUUGAAGGAGUUUUUGCAGUACAGUCACAAUGAAAUUGCAGGAGGUCUGCUGCUGGAGGAGCAGCGUGUGGAGUCGCACAAGAGCUACCUGGAAAAGUACAGCAAAACCCUUGCUGAUGCUGCGAACGAUGAGGUGUUGCCACCUUUUACGGACCCUUAUCAUAGUGCGGAAAUGCGUCCUGAUGAGGGCAUUGGCCGACUUAAGACUGAGCGACAACGUCUUCUUAGUCUCUCUGUUGCUGUGAAGUCCUCCUACGACGCACGUCUUGGAGCCAUUUCUGAGUGUGAACGUGCGCUUGCGGAGCGGGAGCGGGAGCGGCGAGACGGUAUGCGUGAAUCACUUGUGAAGCUUGUAGCCUCGCUUGCACCUAUUGGAUAUGUGAGCAUCACCGGGACCCAAGUAAUUGCACAGCGUGUGAUCCAUGCGACAAACCGUCGGUUGUGCGAAAGCCACGCGUGUGCGGCGACGCUUCUCUCGCGACUGCGCUGCCGUGAGGUGCUGCGGUAUCGCACGUACACCCGGCGGUUGGCGGAGGUCUACGGGGCGUCGCUGCGGCUGAUGGCGAUGGGCCGGCGGUUGUGGGCGGCGACACUUCUCCGCACGGCGACCCUCCGCCGCCCGGCCGCCCGCGACCGCGUCGUGCGGGAGACGAGGGCCCUCGCAGCGGCCGGGCGGCGGGCCGGCGGGGAAUUUCUCCGAGCGACGGGGGCCGCCGCCGAGAGUCUCCGCCGCCAUCGCGAGCCAACAGCCGAGGAGUCGGGAGGACCCCCGCCGCCAGGGGGAACACGCGCAGACGGAUGGCUCCGCGCAUUCGACGGACGACUCAACGCACCCGUUUUCUCCGCAAGUCCAGUCGACGUUGCCAUUGAGUGGCGCGUGAAGGCAAAUGUGCUCGUGCGAAAUACAGUUGCAAGGGCGGCAGCUCACAUUGAAGCCGUUAAGGAAGGGGAACAGAGGUUAUGUAAUGAGGCGGAAAGUGUAUACACUGCAUUACUAGCCGUGCUUCGUUGGGUAUGCACUCCAGAGGCAGAGGAGACCGUCGCGUGGACUAACGCAUCCCUUCAAGGCGUAGACCCCGUCUACGCCCCAUUCACCGUACCUAACGAUACACUAUUAGCAAACCUCACCGCAGAGGCUGAUCAACAACUUCCUCCCUUGUUAGCUUCUAUAAGACGUGAGAGUGAGUGGUUUACAGACGUUGUAGAGGUGGAACUCCAAACUCACCAUACUGCCCUUGAAGAACUACUACUUACCGGUCCAGUCAACGUCCUCACCACAUUUCAGAGGGCAACUGAAGCAUUAGAAGUGACGACAACCAGUGCAAUAGGUUUUAUCCGCAGCCGGCUUCUUGCCAUCUCUGAUGCACGCAAAGAUCAUGAAGAUACCCUUCAACGUGUGGAAUCAGAACUUGCACAAUGUCAGGCAAGACUACGACAUGCCAUCACGAAGGAAGCAGCGGAGGUGCUUUUUGUAAAGGGUCUCAAGGUACUGGAACGUAUAGCGGCGGAACACACACAAUUUCACCGAUGCACUGUGCAAAUGCUACAACAAAUCAUGCAAGAAGGUCCGGAGGAGGUGGAACGGCACUGUGUUGCGCUUCUCCGCCUCCUUGGACUAGAAAGCGAAGAGUCAUGUGAACAGCGACUUGAACAGGAGCGGCGUGAUCGUGAAGCGGCGGCAGCAGCUGCUGCUGCUGCAUCAGCAAAACGUGGUCGGGCAAAAGAAGUGGUAGUGGAACUUCACUCGGAAAGUGAUGAAGAAGACGCAACACCAUCAUAUCCUACCAUUACAGCAGCUGAUGGAGAGGUGUUUUGUAUCGUUGCUCCAAUGGCGUUAGACGACCGGCAACGAGUGACCCCGAUAGAGACACCACCGCCCUUGCCGUUGUCCGAAACAACGUCAGGACAAGGUAUGAAAGGUCGUACUUUAACCCCAGUCAACAAGCGAAAGGCUACUCCUACUACUCCUCCUCCUCCCCAGCAACAACAAGAAGGCAGACGGAACAAAAACACGACUGCAAAACGACAGAGUAACUCAGAGUCAACACAUUCAACACCAGAGCCGAUCGUUGAACCAUUACCAGCUUUUUUGCGUACGUAUGAGACGCUUCUAAAAUCUAUAGUCUCUGAAGAUGAUGGAACGGAACUAAUUUCAGUGGAUGCUGUAGAAAGGUGGCGAGAGAUGCUGCGAUACGAGAUACUUAAUUGGGCAAUUGAUCUCUCUCGCACUUCUCGUACCUUUGUUCAGGAGGAAUGUACAUCGCAGAAGUCAUUGAUAGACAAGGAGACUAAUGAAGUGCUACGCCAUCAUCGUCGACGACCAGCAGCACUACAGGCAGAAACGUAUGAAGUACGUCUGCGAGAUAUUGAAAACACACGUACAACUGAGGAAAAAUAUACUAAACGUCUUCGGGAUCGCGCGUUACAGCUGGAGGUUGUGCUCUCUUCUAUUGGUGAGAAUAAUGACAUGGAUGAACAUGACGCAAAGUUCUUUGAGCAACUGCAGGAACUAGAAAAUAAGGCUAAAACAGCGAAUUCUGUGAAUUUGUUGCACGCACAAGAGCGAGAAUUUGCUAAUUUGGUCGCAUCUUCUGUUGAAGAUCAUACACGACGGCAAAACAAACUUCUUGCAGAGUUGGCAAGGGAACAAGAAUCAUUAGAGUCAGAAUGUCGCAGUUAUUUGCUUGAUUGUGGUAUGGUUAUUCCUACAAAUCUUGACGAGGUGCAAGACUGUAGUAGUUUUGGUAGUGAGGGUACUGUCUCUAGAGAGGCUAUGGAGACACUGAUUCGUUUACACAAUGUCACGAAAGCUGUUAAGGAAAGACUUGCAGUACAAUACGAACAACAUAUGCGAUGUAUAGAUGCAGCUAGGGUUAGUUAUAGUAAUGUGUAUGAGCAAAACGUUGGAGAGUUGCAGAUGCUGGCACGCUUGCAAGAAGUUUUGACACGCCUUAAGGUACAAGUUCAUUCUCUUAUUGCCCUCUCUGAUGCAAGCGAAGCGAAAAUUGAGAAAAUAUUAAAAGAUUUUGAGGAAAAGAUCAAUACCCCAACUCCUCUACAUAACUUUACAAAUACCUUAUGUGAGAUCACUAGUCGUGACUAUGGAGCUGCUGCAGCAGACUCACAGUUAGCCUCUAACAUUGGUAGUACAACAAUAGGAGGAAAAGAAGUCGGUGGGAUCGCAUCUUUGACAUUAGAACAUACACGUACCGCUGAAGAAGAAUUAGGUGCUCGACUGGCAGAGGUGAAGUUAGAUAUUCAAAGACAGAUCCAGUCAAGUGAUGUUGCUAAAGUAUUACGAAUCCUUGACUCACUCCGUGAGGAACUCUACACACGCGGUCGUCACCUCAACUGUCUUCAGUACGGUGUGGAGUUCUUUAACGUACCACAGGAGAACUAUAUUGAACCGCGCCUGGGUACGGUACCCGAUCUGACUUCUAUGGAAACAUCGGGAACGAUUGCUGCUUCACUGCCUCAGCAAAACCGCGUCUCACGUAAAGCACGGGCACAAACUCAAAUAAAUAGUGCUAUGGCGUCACUCUAUACUAUAGGGGAGUUACCAGAGGUUAUUCCGGCAGAGCUUGAGGUGGGGCAGUGGCUUACUGCGGUAAAGUCGCAGAUUGAAACGAUUGUAGGGCAGCACUUCACUGAAUGUCCAUCGUCCCUCACACGUCGCUUAUCUGGGAUGACUGGAGGUCAGUUUGAAGAUGUGAUAGAGAAGACCAAUAGCGUCUGUGGACAGCAAAAACAACGUGUUUUACAUCAUAUAGAACAGGCGACUCGACGGUACCGCCAACAGGUGCAACGUGUAUUUGAGGGGAUACAAAAACUACCUGUAUAUCUAAGUAGUUCUAUUUAUUCAAUGUCUGCUACCGCGCUUGAACGACGAGUUGAAACGGUGUUUUCUGGAUUUGCCUCUUUCUAUGGUGAAUCUGAGAUGAUGCGUGGUGUCUAUGAUCGACUUGUAAAGGUGACACUUGGUUCAAAUUACAACCGUGACAAACUUGAAGCACUUCGCAGUGCAGAAGGGACGCGACAAGAGGUGACCGAAAUGGCAAUUGAAAAAUUUUGGGGUUAUGCACUGCGUGAAAUGGAAGACGAAGCCACUAUGCACGCUGCCCGUGCGCUUAAUGUGAAUAAUAAUUUUUUUGCCUUCUUGCAGGGACUCGUGACACCGGAUAAACUCAAACCCCCAGCGGAUAAUGAUGUUACCGGUCAACACCGCGGACUGCGACGUCUGCUGCGGCUUAAAGAAAGAGAGGAACGUACAAGAGAGAUGCAACAACAACAGUCGCAAAGGCCCCCGUCACCAAAACGGGAACGCCGUUUACAGGAGACGAUGCCACGCCAAAAACACGGUGGGAUGCAAGCAGAUAAGAAUGCGGUGGUUAGUAGGAAGUCAGACUCUACCAUUGAUAUCAACAGUGGGCCACUUCCAUUACCGUCGACACGCGAAGUGGAGUACGUCCGUGUUCCACUCCGCGCCUUCCGCCCAUUGGAGGAAUUUAACGCGACUCAUCCCAACGCUACUGUGGAAGCGCUUAAUCAAGAUGUCGCCCCUACAUUUACACGUGUGUCACUAACCCCACAUUCGCAGUCGGUAACUGGAGGAGGAGGAGGAGGACGACGUCAGAAGAGUGAAUGCGUCAGUUCACCACCAAAGGAAGAUGUUGUGUCAAUUGUGGCUCCAGCAUCGCUCUUGCAUAAGGAGACCGCCGCCCUUACACAACAGUCAGUUGAACUUUUUAACAAAACCUCCGCUGAUGCUGCCAUCAGGACAAACGAUAGUUUUCAACAGUGGUCAACCAGAGAGGUGACAUGGAGGGAGAUAUGGAACGCUGCUAUUGACCGUCUUAAGACGUAG